AAGGAUUUGGGAAAAGCGUUCGAGUACUACAAGCACGCUGCAGAUAAAAAUGAUGGAGGAGAAGGAUAUUUACGUCAACUUAAAGCUUUUGAAUAUUUUUUAAAAUCUGCUGAGACUGGAAACGAUAAAAACCGUCAUAUACAAUUUGAAGAAGCGGAUAAAUGUGAACCACAAAUUGUUAAAUCGAGAAAUCUACGAAAAGCUAUCACAGAUGGAUACGGUGUCACAAGUCGAUGGAUCUUGUAG